AUGGCCGCUUCAAGAAUGGUUAUGCCAAAGAUGGCUUCCCUCAUGAGCUCUACCUCCGCAAAGGUCGCUCGCCCAGUUCUCCGCACCAACAUCAAGUCAAAUGGCCAACGUGCUUUCUCUGGCGUCUCCCGUCAAGUCAAGACCUCCCCAUUCACCGCCAUGAAGCGUCAACAAGCUUCCCAGAUCCUCUCCCACGCCACCCGAAACACCUUUGCCCAACAGUCAAAGCGUGGAUUCUCCUCUGAGAUCGCCACCGCCAUGGUCCAAGUCUCCCAAAACAUCGGUAUGGGUUCCGCUGCUAUCGGUCUCGGUGGUGCCGGUAUCGGUAUCGGUAUGGUCUUCGCUGCUCUCCUCAUGGCCGUUGCCCGUAACCCAAGCAUGCGUGGUCAACUCUUCUCAUACGCCAUUCUCGGAUUCGCUUUCGUUGAGGCUAUCGGUCUUUUCGACUUGAUGGUUGCCAUGAUGUGCAAGUACGUGUAA